AUCUGUACUUCGCGCGAAAUGGCGCACCAGCAACUGCUACCGUUACCAGUCCAACGACAUUGUCUUCUCCCUUUAAACACCAAGAAUCGCUCGCAACGCACUGCUACUACUCCUAAAUCUACCUUGGUGCACUGCCUCUGUUCUGGGAGGGAUGGUGAGACAAGAAACGCUCCUGCUAGGAUUAAUCUGGACGAAAUCCCUCCGAAUGCGCUUCGUCGGAAGAUGGAUUCUCUUUGGAGGGGAGGCUUCAGCUUAGGAGUCGACUUGGGAAUGUCUCGUACUGGCCUUGCACUCGGCAAAGGCUUCUCUCCUAGGCCUUUAACUGUGUUGGAUUUGCGUGGCCAAAAGCUGGAGUUGCGACUUCUCGAGAUAGCAGAACGAGAGGAAGCUGAUGAAUUCAUAAUUGGGCUCCCUAAAUCUCACGAUGGAAGGGAGACGCCUCAAUCAAACAAAGUUCGUAGUGUGGCUGGAAGGUUUGCGGUUCGAGCCGCAGAGAGAGGUUGGCGAGUAUAUCUGCAGGACGAACAUGGGACAUCAAUGGAGGCUCUUGACUCUAUGAUUGAUUUGGGUGUCAAAAAGUCUGCUCGCCAAGGAAGAGUUGAUGCCUUUGCUGCAAUGAUGGUAUUGGAGAGAUAUUUCUCCAUGUCAGGUUAUGGAGCUGAACUUGUGCUUCCCAAGCAGUUGGACCUUCAACAAAAGCUUCUAAGGGGUCCUGCCAAGGACAAGGAUUUUUUCCCAGAAAAUGUUGAGGCUUGACCAUCUACAAACAUCUAAACAGUACGUUUCUGAAACCUUCAGGGAAAUUAUUUUUGAAUAUUAUGAUAUUGUUCAUUUAUUCCCCAAUAUUACUGUUGAUUGAACUGUUUCUACCAUGGUUCACAUUUUAGAUUGCCUUGGAGGGUGUGUUUUUCAAUGUCCAUAGUC